GGCCCGUGGGCUCAUCUUGUUCCUUAAGCUGUAUCCAGAAAGACCAGCUUCGGUCCGAUGAGAUCGACGGAAUCUGGAUCUUAGAUCCUCAAAACGCUGCGUUUCAAUCCAUCUUUUACCGUUAUUACCCCAUAUGAGGUGAGGGGCAAGUCAGAUUAUGGCAGACUUACCUGGACAUGUGCUUGCCUGCUUGCAUAGUGGGAAGCUUGCUUUCUUGGCAAUUUUGGUCUCUGGAGGGAUUGUAUUGCAAAUUUUGGCGUGUGCUCUGUUCAACAAUUGGUGGCCUAUGCUGACAGUAAUAAUGUAUGUUCUUCUUCCCAUGCCUUUGCUGUUCUUUGCUGGGUCUGACACUUCUUCUCUCUUUUCUGAAUCUGGGAAUAGCUGGGUGGAUGCAACCAAAUUCUUGACAGGAGCAUCAGCUGUUGGGAGCAUUGCUAUACCGGCUAUUCUAAAGCAUGCUGGUGUAAUUGGCUGGGGCGCCCUGGCAUUGGAGCUCUCAUCCUUCUUUGUAAUUGUAGUGGCCAUAAUGUGUUACAUCCAGAUGAAUUCCGACAAUGAAUACCGAAUGCUCUGAUAUGCAUAUGGCUUGCCCUAGGGAGGGCUUCACCCCGCUUGUAAAGUGAUGUGGAUGUCCAUUCCAUUGUGUUGAGGCUUUUUAUUCCAUUGUUUGUUUUUUCUUAGAGCGUGAGCAUCAUCUUCCAUAUUUUGGUUUAACAUAUAAAGGAAACAUUGUUGUGUCGAUUGAACAAGACCCUUUGUUCGUGUUAUAAAUUUUAUCAAUUUUUUGGUUUUGCUUGACAGAAA